AUGUUCUUCUUCUAUUCAGUAGUGGACAAUGGAGAACAACUGUUCAUGGGUAACUCCUCGACUUCUAAAGUUGAAGGACAAGGAAAGACAAUUUUGAAUAUGACAUCUAGAAAAGAACUCACCCUCAACAAUAUGCUGCAUAGUAUGGUUCUAAAGGAAAUUCUGGGCCCAACCGAUGAGAUGUUCACUGAAGCACUGAGUUUGAAGCAAUGGGUGAAUGCUUCACUUACGGACCGAGUAAUGGAAGCUGUGGAUGGUGGUUUGUUGAGAACAGAAGAUGGUAGGGAUGUGAUUGCCUAUAAAGAUUCUCUUUUAGCCAUUAUGGAAAUAGGUGCAGAGUGUUCUCCAAAAUUGGCUGAAUGGAGGACUGACAUAAAGGAUGUGGUGAUCAAGCUAAACAAGAUCAAAUUGUAG